CGAUUUCUCCCCUGUGGAGGUACAUGACGUCACGGUAGAUGUGCUGGGGAGAAGAGAAAAUCACAGACGAAAGAUUUACCCCUAAUAACAUCGAUUCGAUACAUUUUUAUGACCAAAGUAUACGUUUUGAAUCAUGUCUACUCCAGCUAGAAGACGACUUAUGAGAGAUUUCAAAAGACUUCAAGAAGACCCCCCAACUGGCGUGAGUGGUGCUCCAUCAGAGAAUAACAUCAUGGUGUGGAAUGCGGUUAUUUUUGGGCCUGUGGGUACACCAUUUGAGGAUGGAACUUUUAAGCUUGUGAUAGAAUUUUCAGAAGAGUACCCUAACAAGCCACCCACGGUUCGAUUCAUCUCCAAAAUGUUUCACCCAAAUGUCUAUGCAGAUGGAAGUAUAUGUUUAGACAUCCUUCAGAAUCGUUGGAGCCCCACAUAUGAUGUGUCUUCCAUUUUGACGUCUAUCCAGUCCCUGUUGGAUGAGCCGAAUCCUAACAGUCCAGCCAACAGCCAGGCUGCACAGCUUUAUCAAGAAAACAAGCGGGAGUACGAGAAGAGAGUUUCUGCCAUCGUGGAGCAGAGCUGGGUAGACUCCUAACACACCCCCCCCCCCCAUCACUGCUAUCAAAUACUUCAAUCUGUCAUUUACCUCAUCAAGAAAAUAAGUUGACAUCAGAAGAACUUAAGUGCCACCUGAAAGAGAAAGUAGGGACUUUUACUUGCUUGCCAACACAUUUGAAGAAUAUCAAUCUGAUAUUCUUGUUCCUAUUUUUUUUUAUUGCAUGAUGUGAAAUAACUUAUUGCUAAGAGAAUUUGUAAUAUAUAUUUUUUGUUGGGUUGAUGCUGUUAGUGUUUUAGUUUCUACAGAAUCGUUUAUUUUUUAACGUCUCUUGGUUUAAACCAUUUGAGAGUAUUUUGUCAUAUCAGCAAAUUGGUAGAAAUCCAUAAAACAUUACUUACAGUGCAUUCGUUAAGUAUUCAGACCCCUUCCCUUUUUCCACAUUACAGCCUUAUUCUAAAAUGGAUUA